UUAUAUGUUGGCUCUCUCUCUAUGGGCUUGAUAAUAGUGUGAUUGACUAGACUUCUUAUUAGCUCAAAUUUUGAGUUUAGGGGCUACUUAGUUUUUGGAGUUCUUUUUUGAAAAUGGACUUAGUUUUUGGAGUUCUGUUUUUGCACAUGAAUAUCUGGUUCGAGAUCUUCUCAAGCUAUCUUUAUGAAAAUCAAUCCACUUUUCUUUACUUAAUUUUCCUACAAUUUUUUUUUUCUCACCUAAUUUUCCAUUGUCCAGUUUCAGGCUCCACAAUUAUAGUUAAGGGCAUGGUAUUUUGUUCUAUCUCUGAGAAAAACCUCUUGUUUCUUAUACCCAUAAUAGCUGUUUCAAAAAGUAUGCUAACCUUUGUUGUUCAAUUGGUUUGACAUAUUUCUAGUCUUUUCUCUAUCCAAAUAUAAACAUUACAAGAAAAUAGAAAACUGGUUUUUCCAGUUAGAAGCUUUUCUUAUGAAGCAUAUUCUUCAAGGACCCUUGUUACUGAGAUCAGUGUCACAACACCAUGGCUGCCGAAAUACAGAGGGGGAUGAUCCCUGGUGAGGCCUGGCGUGCCAAUGGGUUCACUAAUGGAAAGACCCAAGUGAGGCAUGCGGCUGCAUUGCCUCUUAUCGAUGAGUUUUGCUCGGCAUUGGGUGGCAAGAGGCCGAUUCACAGUGUUUUGAUUGCAAAUAAUGGCAUGGCAGCUGUGAAAUUUAUGCGUAGUGUGAGAACUUGGGCUUAUGAGACAUUUGGGACUGAGAAGGCGAUUUUGCUGGUGGCCAUGGCUACACCAGAGGACAUGAGGAUUAAUGCAGAGCACAUUAGAAUUGCUGAUCAGUUUGUUGAAGUGCCUGGAGGAACCAACAACAAUAACUAUGCGAAUGUGCAACUGAUAGUUGAGACAGCUGAGAGCACACGCGUUUCUGCUGUGUGGCCUGGUUGGGGACAUGCAUCCGAGAAUCCUGAGCUGCCUGAUGCAUUGGAUGCAAGGGGAAUUAUGUUCCUUGGACCUCCUGCUAUAUCAAUGGCAGCACUUGGGGAUAAAAUUGGAUCAUCUUUGAUAGCUCAAGCAGCAAGCGUACCCACCCUUCCAUGGAGUGGUUCACAUGUUCAAAUUCCUUCUGAGAGUUGCGUGGAUGCUAUACCAGAGGAAAUUUACCGUGAAGCUUGUGUGCAUACAACAGAAGAGGCCAUAGCAAGUUGCCAGGUGGUGGGCUAUCCAGCUAUGAUCAAGGCAUCUUGGGGCGGCGGCGGGAAAGGGAUUAGAAAGGUUCAUAAUGAUGAUGAAGUUAGGGCCUUAUUUAAGCAAGUUCAGGGUGAAGUUCCUGGCUCUCCAAUAUUUAUUAUGAAGGUUGCUUCUCAGAGUCGGCAUUUAGAGGUUCAACUACUUUGUGAUCAAUAUGGCAAUGUUGCAGCUUUGCACAGCCGUGACUGUAGUGUUCAGAGGAGGCACCAAAAGAUUAUUGAGGAGGGUCCAAUUACUGUAGCCCCACUUGAGACAGUGAAACAAUUAGAACAGGCAGCAAGAAGGCUAGCAAAGUGUGUAAAUUAUGUAGGAGCAGCUACCGUUGAGUAUUUGUACAGCAUGGAUACUGGUGAAUACUAUUUUUUAGAGCUCAAUCCUCGUUUACAGGUGGAGCAUCCUGUCACUGAAUGGAUAGCCGAAAUAAACUUACCAGCAGCACAGGUUGCGGUGGGAAUGGGUAUUCCACUUUGGCAGAUUCCUGAAAUAAGGCGUUUCUAUGGCAUGGAUGCUGGUGGAGGGUAUGACUCAUGGAGGAAAACAUCGAUUGCUGCAACCCCAUUUGAUUUUGACUUAGCAGAGUCUGUCAGACCAAAAGGCCAUUGUGUUGCUGUGCGUGUGACAAGUGAAGAUCCAGAUGAUGGGUUUAAGCCUACUAGUGGGAAAGUACAGGAAUUAAGUUUUAAAAGCAAGCCAAAUGUAUGGGCUUAUUUCUCUGUGAAGUCUGGCGGAGGCAUUCAUGAAUUUUCUGACUCUCAAUUUGGACAUGUUUUUGCUUUUGGAGAGUCUCGAGCCUUAGCCAUAGCUAAUAUGGUUCUUGGACUAAAAGAAAUUCAAAUUCGAGGAGAGAUCCGUACUAAUGUUGAUUAUACUAUAGAUCUUCUGCAUGCUUCAGAGUAUAGGGAGAACAAGAUUCACACUGGUUGGCUGGAUAGUAGGAUUGCAAUGCGAGUUAGAGCAGAAAGGCCUCCUUGGUACCUUUCAGUUGUGGGAGGGGCUCUAUUUAAAGCAUCAACUACCAGUGCAGCCGUCGUUUCUGAUUAUGUUGGUUAUCUUGAGAAGGGGCAGAUUCCGCCAAAGCACAUUUCACUGGUCAAUUCCCAUGUAUCUCUGAAUAUUGAGGGAAGUAAAUAUACGAUUGAAAUAGUAAAGGGAGGACCAGGUAGUUAUAGACUAAAGAUAAAUCAGUCAGAGAUUGAAGCAGAGAUUCAUACACUGCGUGAUGGUGGUCUUCUAAUGCAAUUGGAUGGAAAUAGCCAUGUGAUAUAUGCAGAAGAGGAGGCUGCUGGUACUCGCCUUCUAAUUGAUGGAAGGACUUGCUUAUUGCAGAAUGAUCAUGAUCCAUCCAAAUUGGUGGCGGAGACGCCAUGCAAGCUGCUUCGUUUUUUAGUUCCUGAUGGCAGCCAUGUGGAUGCUGAUACACCCUACGCAGAGGUGGAGGUCAUGAAGAUGUGCAUGCCACUCUUGCUACCAGCUUCUGGGACUAUUCAUUUCAGAAUGUCUGAGGGCCAAGCAAUGCAGGCAGGUGACCUUAUUGCAAAGCUUGAUUUGGAUGAUCCAUCAGCUGUGAGGAAAGCUGAGCCUUUUCAUGGAUGCUUUCCACCUCUCGGUCCACCAACUGCAGUUGCUGGAAAAGUUCAUCAGAGAUGUGCUGCGAGUAUUAAUGCUGCACGGAUGAUUCUUGCUGGCUAUGAGCAUAAUAUUGAUGAGGUGGUUCAAGAUUUGCUAAAUAGCCUGGAUAGCCCUGAGCUUCCCUUCCUACAAUGGCAAGAAUGCAUGGCUGUUUUGGCUACCCGUCUUCCGAAGGAACUACGAAAUGCGUUGGAUUCAAUAUUUAAGGAGUAUGAAGUCCUUUUGAGUACACAAAAGAAUGUGGAAUUUCCAGCCAAAAUGUUGAAGGGGGUAAUGGAGGCAUACCUUUUAUCCUGUACAGAAAAAGAGAGAGUUACCCAAGAAAGGCUUGUGGAGCCUCUGAUGAGUCUUGCGAAGUCAUAUGAAGGUGGAAGAGAAAGCCAUGCUCAUGUUAUUGUUCAGUCACUUUUUGAGGAAUACCUCUCUGUGGAAGAAAUUUUUAAUGACAAUAUACAGGCUGAUGUAAUUGAGCGCCUCAGGCUUCAAUACAAGAAGGAUCUUUUGAAAGUUGUCGACAUAGUUCUAUCUCAUCAGGGUGUACGGAGCAAAAAUAAACUCAUACUAAGACUCAUGGAAGCACUGGUUUAUCCUAAUCCUGCUGCCUACCGGGACAAGUUAAUUCGUUUCUCUGCUCUUAAUCAUACAAGCUACUCUGAGCUAACACUUAAAGCAAGUCAACUACUUGAGCAUACCAAACUGAGUGAUCUUCGCACAAGCAUUGCUAGGAGCCUCUCGGAGCUGGAGAUGUUUACUGAGGAAGGUGAACGCCUUAAUACUCCACGACGAAAGAAUGCCAUUGAGGAGAGGAUGGAGGAUCUUGUUAGUGCACCUUUGGCUGUUGAGGAUGCUCUCAUUGCUUUGUUUGAUCACAUUGACCAUACUCUUCAAAGGCGUGUUGUAGAAACAUAUGUUCGCCGGCUUUACCAGCCUUACCUUGAAAAGGGCAGUGUCCGUAUGCAGUGGCACCGUUCUGCCCUUAUUGCUUUGUGGAAAUUCUCAGAAGAACAUGCUGCAAUGAGGGAUGGUUCAGGAUAUCCAAUGUCUGAUGAGCCAAAGAUUGAGAAGCAUGUGGAGAAGAGAUGGGGAGUCAUGGUUAUUAUCAAAUCUCUUCAAUUUCUCCCUACUGCAAUCAAUGUGGCAUUGAAGGAAACUGCUCAUUCCUCAGGUUCCAAUGCAAGUGAUGAACCUUCUCGAAGUGGGUCUUCUGCAUCAGCUAGCCAUGGGAACAUGCUGCAUGUCGCAUUAGUGGGAAUGAACAAUCAAAUGAGUCUUCUGCAAGACAGUGGUGAUGAGGAUCAGGCCCAAGAGAGAAUUAAUAAACUAGCAAAAAUACUGAAAGAAGAAACAAUUGGAUCAAGUCUUUGUAGUGCUGGUGUGGAUGUUGUCAGCUGUAUUAUCCAAAGAGAUGAGGGGCGUGCACCCAUGAGACACUCCUUUCAUUGGUUAUCUGAUAAGCUGCACUAUGAAGAGGAGCCUUUACUCCGUCACUUGGAACCUCCUCUAUCUACCUUUCUUGAACUGGACAAACUUAAAGGCUAUACAGAUAUACAAUAUACACCAUCUCGAGAUCGACAAUGGCAUAUGUACACUGUUGUGGACAAGCCACUUACAUACAGGAUGUUUCUUCGGACCCUUGUGAGGCAACCCAACUCCCAAGACUCAGAAAUGGCAGUGGAUGGUGCAAAAAUGGCCAUGCCCUUCACAGCUACCAGCAUUUUGAGGUCUUUGAAUGCAGCUUUGGAAGAGUUGGAAUUGCAUGGGCAUAAUGCAAAUGUUAAAUCUGAUCAUGUUCAUCUGUAUCUUUGCAUCCUACGAGAGCAACAGUUGCUUGAUUUGUUACCAAAUUUCAGUGAUGUUGAAAUAAAAGGGGAGGAGGAAAAAGCUAUUUACAUGAUUUUAGAGCAGAUGGCCCGAAGUAUCCAUGAGACUGUUGGUGUCAAAAUGUACCGACUAGCAGUUUGUGAGUGGGAGGUGAAGCUUCGAAUAGGCUAUGUUGGACUUGCCAGCGGGGCCUGGAGGGUUGUAAUUACAAAUUUGACUGGCCAUACUUGUACCAUCCAUGUUUAUCGAGAAUUGGAGGACACAAAUAGACAUGAAGUGGUGUAUCACUCUAAGCUGUCCACCUCAGCUCCCGUACAUGGCAUUCCGUUGAGUGGACGAUAUCAACCUCUGGGAACCAUUGACCGCAAGCGUCUUUCAGCAAGGAAGAGCAACACUACCUACUGCUAUGAUUUCCCUCUGGCAUUUGAAACUGCAUUACGAAAACUAUGGGCAUCCCAUUCUCCAAGUGAGAGCAUGGUAAAGGAGAAAGACAUCCUCAAAGUGUCAGAGCUCAUAUUUGCCGACAAGCAAGGAGCAUGGGGCACCCCUUUGGUUUCUUCAGAUCGCCCACCUGCUCAGAACGAUGUGGGCAUGGUAGCAUGGUGCAUGCGCAUGUCUACACCUGAAUUCCCAUCAGGUCGAACCAUCAUAGUGGUCUCAAAUGACGUGACCUUCAAAGCUGGCUCAUUUGGCCCAAGGGAGGAUGCGUUUUUCCUCGCAGUAACAAAUCUAGCUUGUGAAAAAAGAAUUCCUUUGAUCUAUUUGGCUGCAAACUCGGGUGCUAGAAUUGGGGUGGCAGACGAAGUCAAGACUUGCUUUAAGGUAGGGUGGUCUGAUGAAACAAAGCCCGAAAGGGGCUUCCAAUACAUUUAUCUGGACCCUGAGAAUUAUGAGCGAAUUCGUUCAUCAGUUAUAGCUCAUGAGCUUAAGCUAGGGAGUGGAGAAACGAGAUGGGUGGUGGAUACAAUUGUUGGGAAGGAGGAUGGAUUGGGUGCUGAAAACUUAACAGGAAGUGGUGCCAUUGCUGGUGCUUAUUCUAGGGCAUACAGGGAGACAUUUACUCUAACUUACGUGACUGGCCGAACAGUAGGUAUAGGUGCUUAUCUCGCCAGGCUUGGCAUGCGAUGUAUCCAGAGGCUUGACCAACCCAUAAUUCUAACUGGGUUCUCUGCUCUAAAUAAGCUUCUAGGUCGUGAAGUCUAUAGCUCGCAUAUGCAACUUGGUGGACCAAAAAUCAUGGCCACAAAUGGGGUUGUCCACCUAACUGUAUCAGACGAUCUCGAAGGUGUUUCUGCCAUUUUGAAGUGGCUAAGCUAUGUGCCCCCCCAUAUAGGUGGGCCACUUCCCAUUUUGGCUCCUCAGGACCCACCUUCGAGGCCUGUUCAAUAUUGUCCCGAAAAUUCCUGUGACCCUCGAGCCGCUAUUUGCGGGACCCACUUGGGCGAGGGCAAAUGGUUAGGGGGAAUUUUUGACCGAGAUAGUUUCACUGAGACUUUAGAGGGGUGGGCUCGAACAGUGGUUACUGGUCGAGCUAAGCUUGGAGGAAUCCCUGUGGGUAUUGUUGCAGUUGAAACCCAAACCAUGAUGCAGGUUAUACCUGCCGAUCCAGGCCAGUUAGACUCACAUGAGAGGAUAGUACCACAAGCUGGUCAGGUCUGGUUUCCUGAUUCAGCCAUGAAAACCUCCCAAGCUUUGUUAGAUUUCAAUAGAGAGGAGCUUCCUCUGUUCAUUUUGGCAAAUUGGAGAGGAUUUUCAGGUGGGCAAAGAGACCUUUUCGAAGGGAUUCUUCAAGCUGGGUCCACCAUUGUUGAAAACCUCAGGACCUAUGCACAACCUGUUUUUGUGUUUAUACCCAAAACUGGAGAGCUGAGGGGUGGAGCAUGGGUUGUUAUUGAUAGUAAGAUAAAUCCAGACCAUGUUGAGAUGUAUGCAGAGUGUACGGCAAUGGGGAAUGUGCUUGAACCAGAGGGAAUGAUCGAGAUAAAAUUUAGGACCAAAGAGUUAAUAGAAUGUAUGGGUAGACUUGAUCCUGAGUUGGUUUCGUUGAAGUCAAAGCUUCAAGAGGCUAAGAGUGUUGGGCUUUCAGGGACGGCAGAGGGAAUUCAACAGAAGAUAAAAGAGCGAGAAAAGAAGUUGCUUCCGAUUUAUACUCAGAUUGCCACAAAGUUUGCACAACUUCAUGACACUUCACUGAGAAUGAAGGCAAAAGGGGUCAUAAAAGAGGUGAUAGAGUGGGGAAAUUCAAGGGCUUUCUUUUAUGGGAGACUUCAAAGAAGACUUGCGGAGGGGGCUCUUGUUAAGACCGUGAGAGAAGCGGCUGGUGAGGAGGUAUCUAAGGAUUUGGCCUUCACUAUGGUGAAGAAAUGGUUUAUGGAUUCUUGUGGGGCUCAAGGAAAGAAGUGGGAAGAUGAUGAUGCUUUCUUUGCAUGGAAAAAUGAUCCAAGGAAUCAUGAAGGUCUUCUGCAAGAGCUGCGAGUUCAGAAAAUAUUACAACAGUUAUCACAGUUAGGAGAGUCAGCCUCAGAUUUGCGUGCUCUUCCACAAGGUCUGGCAGCUCUUCUUCACAAGAUUGAACCAGCGGCAAGAAGGCAGCUGGUCGAGGGGCUCAAACUGGUCCUCAGUUGACACUAUUGACGAGCAAUGCAGUUUAGUGGACUGGUGGUGUUUAUAUUUAACGAGUUGGGGUUCUGCAUCUACAUUUGAAGUACCUAUCACUGAGCAGAUGUUAUCGAAAAACUUCCUACCUGGAAAAUGCCAUUUGAUCUGAUAACCCUAUAAUUGUUAUCCCGUUUUAUGGAGUUGUAAUCCAGAGGCAAUAGAAGUCGAGAGAGAAGAGCUUGGAAGCUCCUGAUUAUCUUUUGCUUCUACAAUUGUAAAUUUAGGCAAGAUUUUGUUUUUCAAAAUCUCUUAUCUUAUCAGACUCGACAAGAAUAAUAAAGCCUUUUGGUUAUUUAUGUAA